CGCGGGAGGAAGGUCACAAGGCAUCCUUCAAUAUGGCGGCGGCUGCGCUGCGGAGAGGCUGGUGCUGCUGCCCGCGGAGAUGCCUUGGCAGCGGAGUCCAGUUUUUGUCCAGCCACAACCUAGUGCCACUACCCCGUGGUACCUAUCAGAUACGCCGGCCAGAUGGAGAGCUGCCCUUGUCCAAAUCCUAUUCUUCUGGAAACAGAAAAGGCUUUCUCUCAGGCCUGCUAGAUAAUAUCAAACAAGAAUUAGCCAAAAACAAAGAAAUGAAAGAAAGUAUAAAAAAAUUCCGCGACGAGGCCCGGAAGCUGGAAGAGUCUGAUGCGCUCCAGGAAGCCAGAAGGAAAUACAAAACUAUUGAAUCUGAAACCGUGCGGACGAGUGAAGCGAUCAAGAAGAAGUUAGGGGCUAUCACCGGCACCGUGAAGGAGAGUCUUGACGAAGUCAGUAAAAGCGACCUUGGCCGGAAAAUCAAGGAGGGUGUGGAGGAAGCAGCCAAGACCGCCAAGCAGUCUGCCGAGUCUGUGUCGAAGGGCGGGGCCUUCAGAGCCCUCUCCCAGGGGGUGGAGUCUGUGAAAAAGGAGAUCGACGAAAGUGUGCUGGGCCAGACGGGACCCUACCGCAGGCCCGAACGGCUCCGGAAAAGGAAGGAGUUCGCUGGAGAGAAGAUCAAGGAAGAGAAAGUGUUUGAACCCAAUGAGGAGGCUCUGGGGGUCGUGUUGCACAAGGACUCUAAGUGGUAUCAGCAGUGGAAGGACUUCAGGGACAACAACGUGGUGUUCAACCGGUUCUUUGAGAUGAAGAUGAAGUAUGACGAGAGUGACAACACGUUCAUCCGGGCCUCCCGGGCGCUGACAGACAAGGUCACAGACUUGCUGGGAGGCCUGUUCUCGAAGACAGAGAUGUCAGAGGUGCUCACGGAGAUCCUGCGCGUGGACCCCGCCUUCGACAAGGAGCGGUUCCUGCAGCAGUGCGAGAACGACAUCAUCCCCAACGUGCUGGAGGCCAUGAUUUCUGGAGAGCUUGACAUUCUCAAAGAUUGGUGCUAUGAAGCUACCUACAGCCAGCUGGCCCACCCGAUCCAGCAAGCCAAGGCGCUGGGCCUCCAGUUCCACUCCCGCAUCUUGGACAUUGACAAUGUCGAUUUGGCCAUGGGCAAGAUGAUGGAGCAGGGGCCUGUGCUGAUUGUUACCUUCCACGCCCAGCUGGUGAUGGUGGUCAAGAACCCCAAAGGCGAGGUGGUCGAGGGCGACCCGGACAAGGUGCUCCGCAUGCUGUACGUGUGGGCCCUGUGCCGGGACCAGGAUGAGCUCAACCCCUACGCGGCCUGGCGGCUCCUGGACAUCUCCGCCUCCAGCACAGAGCAGGUCCUCUGAGCCCGUCAGCCAUGACAGGGGCUCCGGGCUGUGUCAUGCAGGGCGGCUGCACUGCGCGGGGCCGACCUCCAGCUGUUGCAGCAGACCUCUGGAGACGAGACAAGGCGGUCGGCUCUGGUCCACUCUGCCAGGGCGGCAGCAGGCCCAGCGGGCCAGGGACGGGCCGGGGACUGCGGAGGCAGCUGGCCACGGCGCCGGCCCCUGCACCGCCCUGUGCUGCUCAGGGGCUGCUGGCGGGCAGGUCACCGAGGCUCAGGCCGGGCAGUGCCGGGAGGCCUGGCCCCGAGCCUGCUCCGGGGACGGGGUGGUGGGCCCGCCGGCCACGUCAGUCAGGCUGUUUCAAUAGCUCUAUUUAAAAAAGAAUGAACAGUGCCCUUAUUCUCCUGUAUGUAUGCCUGAGACUUGGAAGUGAUAAUAAAACACCAAAGUGCAAGAAA